CGGCAGGAUGGCAUCUCGUGACGCUGCGCUGCUAAAAACAGCCCCGGCUCUCUUCAGCCCCUCGUUUAAACAAUGUCCUCCGGCCAGAGCAACCCAGAGAGCCCCUGAUCGCCGCACAGCCUUGGACUUAUUUCAAGGGAAAUUAACCCGGAAACCCCCUCCGCGAGGCCCUGAUCCUGAGCGUAUGCCCCUGGAAAAGCUAGGGAUGAGCACCUCCCUGAGCUACAAGUCCUUCUCCAAAGAGCAGCAAACCAUGGAUAACCUGGAGAAACAGCUGAUUUGCCCCAUCUGCCUGGAGAUGUUCACCAAGCCCGUGGUCAUCCUCCCCUGCCAGCACAACCUCUGUCGGAAAUGCGCCAGCGAUAUUUUCCAGGCCUCCAACCCCUACCUGCCGACCAGGGGAGGCACAACCGUGGCAUCGGGGGGCCGCUUUCGCUGUCCCUCCUGCAGGCACGAAGUGGUCCUCGACCGGCACGGCGUCUACGGGCUGCAGAGGAAUCUGCUGGUGGAGAACAUCAUCGACAUCUACAAGCAGGAGUCCACAAGACCCGAAAGGAAGUGCGACCAGCCCAUGUGCGAAGAGCACGAAGAUGAGAGAAUUAAUAUCUAUUGUUUGAACUGUGAAAUGCCCACCUGCUCCUUGUGCAAAGUCUUUGGUGCCCACAAAGACUGUCAAGUUGCUCCUCUCACAAACGUUUACCAGCGACAGAAGUCCGAGCUGAGUGAUGGCAUUGCAGUCCUGGUGGGGAGCAAUGACAGAGUGCAAGGGAUAGUCACACAGCUGGAGGAGACCUGCAAGACGGUUGAGGAAUGCUGCAGACGACAGAAAGAGCAGCUAUGUGAAAAAUUUGAUUAUCUCUAUUCUGUACUGGAAGAAAGAAAAAAUGAGAUGACACAAAUAAUCACUAGAACCCAAGAGGAGAAACUGGAACACGUCCGCUCCCUGAUGAAGAAGUACGCGGAUCAUUUGGAAGCUGUGUCGAAGCUGGUUGAAUCGGGAAUCCAGUUCAUGGAAGAACCAGAAAUGGCUGUGUUUUUGCAGAAUGCCAAAACAUUGCUACAAAAAAUUACUGAAGCAUCUAAAGGAUUUCAAAUGGAAAAAAUAGAGGAUGGGUAUGAAAAUAUGAACCAAUUCACAGUGAACCUCAGUAGAGAAGAAAAGAUAAUACGAGAAAUUGAUUUCGACAGAGAGGAGGAGGGAGAAGAGGAAGAGGACGAGACGGUGGAUGGUGAAGAUUUGGAUGAAGUCCACACUGAGUCAUCAGGAGAGGAGGAGGAGGAAGAGGUGGAGGAGGAAGGGGCUGAGAGAGCAUCACAGCCACCUCAGCAGGACCCUGAACCGCAGAACGCAGCAGGAGAGUCCCCGGCCGAACCUGCUCCAGUGCCACAGCCCACCACCCCGGCUGGUCAGGAUGAGGUUGUGACACCAAGUGGUUCUCAACAGACCCCAGAGUCUGAGACUCAAGUGACGGCCACAGCAGAAACCAUCGAUCCCUUGUUUUACCCUAGCUGGUAUAAGGCUCAGUCACGACAAUCAAGCAGUCCAAGCUCAACCCCGGUGAGUGGGUUGGGAAAAGUAGGGCCUCCUGUUUCUCUGGAAACAAGUGCAAAGAAGGCAGAAGCCCCGGCAGCAGAAGUGAUGGAGGCGAGUGCACCGGGGAGUGGUAAGGAAAGCAAUGCCACCGCAGCGACGUCCAAGGAGUUAGCAUUCUGCAUAUCAAUUUUGGCAUUUCUUAUCAUACUACAUCAUCUUUGGAAACUGAUUCAAUACAUGAUUUGUACUUUCAUGGUUGCUGUUCAGGUGACCAGCAGGAUGGAGAACCUGUGGGUUGACAGGACAUGUGAAGAGCUUGUUCAGUCCAACAAAUGGGGGAGGAAGAUCUGGAGAGCAAUGGUUGUCAUCAGAGGGGUAAACAUCAUGAAGAAAAAAAUCCACUGAAUAACACUGCUGCCAGGAUUCCCGCUGUGAGCAAACCAACGGUGCUCCCUCAGGGACCUCUGGGGAGCAGGGCUUGAGCCAUAUCCCUGAGGGAAGACCACCAUGGAGAGAGUACCCUCACACUCCAGGACACACAGCCCACCCCACAUGGUGGGGACUCCUCUUCAGGUCCUUUUUCCACCCAAAGGCAUCCGAAGCCACCCCUCCCACAUUCCCAGUGAGUGUGGAAUACCAAACAUGGCCCUAAAAUACACCCCCACGUGGCUGAGGGGGGGGAUCCCAACCCUUUAGACACUCAACGCUCUGUGUGUGCUUUUAAAUAUCCUUGCUAAAAAAAUGCUUUUCUGUAGGAAAAGGCUUUUUUUCCUUAGGUCCCACUAGUUAAGAGCUGAAAUAUCUACAAGAUCAAGGACUAAGAACUUCACUACCCAGUGAAGUUGUCCUGAAUGCAAAUAUUGUAAAUUAAACCUUAACUAUUCCAUAACAUCUCUUGUGGAGUAGCUCCUUUUUGGUAGGCACUGUCCGUGAUUUAGCUCUUCCAGCUCCAAAUUCCCACUCGCGUUAGGUAAGACAUAUGUGUAUACUCAAUUUCGAAAGGGAUAUGGGUUAUCUGCAGAGAAUUCUGUGUUUCCACUGAGAUGUUUAAUCUUAUUUACUGGAGACCGAAGGCCUCUGAUGUGAAACAACUGUAGUUACCUUUGGGUAUUUGCUCUUAUUACAGGAGAAUUCAAUUUUGGUCUAUUCUUUGAGACAAAAAUGCUUGGUUUUCCCAGCUCACUUUUUGUACUGCACUCUAAGCACUGUACAACAUGAUAUGGUGCAUCUAUGAAAAAUGGUAAAUUAUUAUUCAGCUUUUGUGUCCAAAAAUUCCAGCACUAUGACUGAAGUAUAUCUCUCCAUAUAAAAAAGCAGCUGUCACCUACUCUUUAGCUGCACAAGUUAUGCAAAAAAGAUGCACUGUCUGGUGGUAAUUUGAAUUUGAAAAGCAUCGGACAUUGUGAAUCUCAAUUAAAUUUAUGGAUCAUAGUUUAAUUUUCAUUUAUUUGUGUUUGGUUUUGAAAAUUCGUUGUAUUAUUACCAGAGGACAUAGAGCUUGUUUGUACUCCUGGGAAAUCAGGCAUGCGAAGUGCAUUAUGCCCUUCCCCCCCACCCCCCUACCCCCCCUUUCUUUAUUAAUUCAAAAUACCUUUUGAAAUUAAAAAUAGAGAAAUGCAGAAAGCUCUCAUUUCUACCACUUGAGACCUCUUUCUGUGCAGUCUCCAGUGACAGCUUUAUGAUUUAUUUAAUCAUGAAGUAGAAAGGAGGUGAGGGAGAAAGGCAUUUUGGUCUCAGCCUCUAUUUGCAUAAAAACUAUUUUCUUCUCCAUGUGUAGUGAGGUGGCCGUUUAGACAGUUUACGUGUCUUUAUCUUUCAUGUGAGAUAUCAGGUCACCGCCCCUUUUUCUUUUUGUGUCAUAAGCCCCUGAAAGCCAAAUAACAAAAUUACUGGAAAUAACUGUGAUAAUAAUUUAUAAUAAUAUAGAUCUGCUUGACUGUCAUCAUAAAAGCAGCAUAUAAUUUAUUUUCAGGCUAUUUUAAUAGAAUGCACUGAUAGGGAUUUCCUUCUUUUUGAGCAGCAAAAAGAGGUCAGUUCCACCUGUUAAUCCCCCAAAUUUACUUUAUUUAAGGGCUGCUGCACUCUAAGAAAUUGUGUUGAUGCAUCAAGAAAUUUCCUCCAGAGUGCAGGAGGGUGUAUCAGCAGGGAUACGGCAACAGUAGGUGCAGCCCACGGGUGUACAGAUUGCUUGGUCUGAGAAGGGACAGAAGGAGAUGAUUCAGCAUGAAGAAAAUAGCUAACUCCCCGCUAGAGAGCCACAUCCCGCUUCAGGGAGUGCCUAAGUCAGAAGUAUAGUCACUGCAGGCUGCUCCUGCGUCUGACGGAGGACAAGAGGCAUCUCCAGUGAGAGACAGUUCACCAGCUGCUGCUGGUUCUCACUUGGCUCAUCUUCACAUCUGCCCGCUGAGUGUAAGGUGUCAUCGCUCUAAAACCAGGUGCCUCUGCUCAGGGUUGAAAGUUGGGGGAGUGUUUUGAAUUUAAUCUGAGCCUCUGCAGAUGACAACCGGGCGGGAACGAUUAAAACACCGGGAGUGAAUGAUUAAAACACAGGGAGUGGGAAUAGCAUCAAUGAGCUGCCUAGCCACCAUGGGGAGUAAUGUAUUAGUGGAAGGUGACAUAGACAUUAACAAGCAGCCCUUUCCAGUGCAAGGGAGAAAGAGAUCUUGGAGUCCAAACCAAGCACUUAGAGAGCUUAGAGACAGACUGUGUGAUGAGCUACAGAAGGAGGUGAAGCAAGCCUUCACCAAGUCUUAUGUUGUCUUCUGGUGUUCAGUCUCAGAAGGCAGGCUCAUUGAGCUAGAAAGAAGAAUAUGUAUUUUGUGCAUUAGACUUCAGAAACUCAUUCACUCGUUUGGCAUUUCAGGACUCAGGCAUGUGGUUUUGUACUCUUUAUAUCUGGAGGAUGCUACCAAGGCAUAUAGGUGUGGAGCUUCAGGCAUAUGAAGAAUGAUGUGUGUGUGUUUUGUAAAUGCUCAUGACAUCUACCUGUCAGACUGUCACACCUGAAGGGGUAUACGGCCCUUCAGGCUCUUGGAAAUAUGACUUCUAAAUGUGCAUUGAGUCAUCUUUAGUAGUAUGAUUAGUUUGCAGGAGUGCUGAGCAUCUAUCACUUCUAACAGUGCAAGUGCUCAAUGCUCCCAGCUAACAAGCCCGGUAUUAAGCAACCAAACGUGAAAAGCUGGCCCUGAGUUCUACCCUUCAAUUCCCUUGCGCAGACCUCUGAUAGCUGGAGAAAGCCAUGCACAUCAAGAACAGUAAAACCGCUUUCUGGGAAUGUGUAGUCCUUAAAAACAUCUUCACAUGCAGAACCACUCUAUCCCUUGGUUUGUAAUAGAGAAAUCCCAAAAAUCAACCUGUUAUAAAACGGGUGUUUUAUAACAAAACUUACUUGUGUUGUCACUGGAAGAAGGCAGAUCCCAAAAUACCUUGUAACUGUUCAAAUUAUUUCAGUCGGGUUAAAAUAUAGAGGGCAAUGGAUCCAUAAGGAAGAGUUUGUUUGGGUUUUCCCUAAACAGAUUUUUGUAGGCAACAUCUCUCAUGUGGUAACAUGAGAGUUUAUGAAAGUCUUGUAUUCAUCACCUGGGUCUCUGGUUAUCCAGUUUAUUUCACCUAAGCUGAAGAACUGGACCCUACAUUCUGUUGCUCAAGUUCCCAGUCAAAGUAGAGGCUGUCUGUGGCUCCGAAGGACUCAAGCGCAUACAUUUAGUUUGAAAGGAAAUGCAAGUUAAUCAUCCACAAACAGUAUUCUGAUCUAAUUUCCCUUUGCUGCCAGUAAGUACAGUGCUUUAAUUCCAUGAGGAUAUAAAAUAUAAUCAGGACUGAGCUGUUUGGGAGGAGAAAUACUAAUGGAGUGGCCCAUGUUAAUCUUGUUUCAUUAGUUUUAAAAUUUUCUAUUACUUGCUUGCAACCUUAUGCCAUCUGCCAGAAUUACCGUAGGGAGAGUCCUCUCUGUAUGCACGUACUGUAGUUCUCUUUGCCCUGCUGCUGAAUACUUCAAUUUCAGCUGGUGAUCCUUCAAAUAUUUUUCUAUGACACAGCUUUAAAUCACAUGUCAGAGAGGUCAGUACUUAGCUAAGUUUUAGCCAAUUGGUUGUCAUGUCAAUAUGCAGACAACACAGACAAAAUAAUAUCAUUUAAAACAAAAAUAAACCCAAGAGAGAUCACGUUGUGCUUGCUGCCCAUGUACCUCUGCCUUUCCACCGCUCUAUAAAAGGUAUGGUCCCACAUUUUAGUGCAGCGCUGCUCUGGAAUGAUUGCACUAGCGUGGCGGUGGUACGCAAACAAUAAUUUCCUUCCUCUUCUCCGAACUGGAAACUCAGUCUUGCCAAUCUGCCAGGUGAGGAAGCUAAGUCUCCCUCUUCAAGCCAACUGCCCCAAGAGAGAGGGGUUGCUUGCUCAAGAGAAGGCAGUCUUGCAAGGCCGGAUCUUGUGGGAAGGAUGCUAAGCGAGGGUCUCCCUCCCCUCUGGCCCACCUGACAUGGCCUUCUCACAGUUUGCCCCCAGAGUGGGACAAGAAGUUUGUUAGCGUCAGCAGCGGGCACAUCCCAGGCAGCUCUCUCCCAGGAAGCCAGCCGCUGCUCCGAAGGCUCUCUGCUCCCUGCGACAGCUGUGUUCAGUGCUAAUAAAACAUCCGGGAAUGCAAAGAGCAAAAGUCAACCUGACGUUUACCAUCUAGGUCUGGGUAUGCUUGUACUGUAUCUUUUCUUAGGUAGAAAACUGGAUGGGUUUAUUUCUCUACAGUUAAAAAAUCUACACAUUUGGACUGAAUGAAAAAUGGGUCAUCUGUCCUCCGUGAAGUUGUGCCUUUUGUAGGAGACCCAUGAAUCAGCCCAAAUUAAAUUCUGUUUGAAGCUUCUUCCUAAAUAUCUCUUAAAUUUCACUUGGGGAAAAAAAAAAUAAGUGCUCAGCCUGUAGCUGAAAUACAGGGCAAACACUAAAUGCAAGAAUCUCAGUUAACAGUCCAAAAAUUCUGCUUUUUCUUCUCUGUAAUUUGAUUUAGUUAUAAGUCUCAGUUAUAGUGGCUGGGUCUGAGGCCACUCGGGCUGAUGUUUAGUUGGUGGCAAACUCUGCCUGUAAAUUUCCAUUUUGCAUCUUGACUUUGUGCUUCAGGUGAGACUUUUCUUCCCCUCAGUUUAGCAAAUACAUGCAGAGAAAAUCAGGAAAGUCUUGAUUGUUCCUCUUUAAACACCUCUCUCUCCCUUGCUUCUGAGAAUUAUCUGAGUGAUUCAGAGGCAGCAGUGAUGAGUCGUGAGGGCAAUGUAUUAAGACUGGCUUUCAGACAACAGUUUCCCAUAAUUAAUAUGACUGGCAAAUACUUCACCUGAAGUUUUACCUCAAAUAGUCUGCUCUGUGAUUUGUCUGGUGAGUCAUAGAUGCCAUCUGAUUUAUGUACAUUUCAUUUAUUUCAGUCCAUUACUAGCAAAAGGACCUCCACAAUGACAGCAUGGACGAAAUUAUUUCUCCUGUUCAAAUUAACCCAAAGCCAGGCUCACCUAGGUGUUGUCUUUCUCUCACUAGCUCAUUUAUAUACCGAACCCUACCUCCACUCGACCUCCUCCUCCACGCAUCGCUCGUUCUGCUCAUUGUUAAGGCAUUCAGAAAGGAAAACAGAGUUUAAACAAAAAAUACUUCUUAAUCAUGGACGAACUGUUGCUGGUUUACAUCACAUUACAGUAGGUUUGUGUCACAACAACACAAGCCACCUGUUUGUAAAGUACUCGGUUAGUUGUCAUCCUACUGCCUUGAGACAGUUCAGGCUUUCCUUGUAGCUGUACGCUCGUCUGUGGAAAGCAGUGCUUGUAAUCCUGUAACCUUAGAGAUGGAUCAUCUGAUUGAGAAUCCCAUUGGCAGUAAUUAGUAAACUGGGCCUGUGUUUGGGUAUUGUAUCAUGCCACCCCUAGGGUUUCCUGACUUGCGAGCAGGGGAGGGGCUGGAUCGCAGCACCCUGCAGGAUUCGGUGACCACCUACGUGGUGUUUGAAAUGGGAUUACAGGUUGGGUGGCUGCCUGUACAGCCAAAAUGAAACAGAAAAAAAGGUGAGGGACAUAUCAAAGAACAUGGAAUCGGUCUUAGAUCCCUUCUCAGGUGAUAUAUAUUCUUGACAUCUUUAUAAUAAUCUUCAGGUCAUUAAGUAAGAGACCGGUGACUGAUUCAGAAAGCCUGUUAUCCCAGGCUACCAACCAAUGGAGAUAGGUAGGUACCACAAUGUUCAACCCAAGCUACAGGUCUCCAACGUAGAUGUCACACCUUUGACUGAGCAGAGAAUGAGGAUCUCACAGUCCUGGAGACUAAGUGAUCUGAAUUUCUCUCUGUUCUUUUUAAUUUAGAGAGCAUCCUAUAAAAUCUGCCUGAGUCUAUCUUAAGCACCAAAGGUGGUGAUCAAAAUACAGACCCAGUCUUUUAGAGCAUUCCUGGCUCAGCACUUCUGCAGGCAGAAGAAGUGGCUAUUUUUCAUGAUGAAACACUUGCUGUUUGACCUGCUCUAUUACAAAAUGCCUUACUGAGGAAAGGUAGUUUUUUCCUGCAUCAGUGAUGGUGAAGCUUUUCAAUGUCUGGCACCAGAUUUAGUUUUUUAAAAUACAUUCAUUUUUAUAUUUCUGCACAAUUUCAUAAUUUAAUUUUAUAAAAUAAAUUUAUUCCAUUUUUUUUUUAAAUGGACUUGGUGCCUGCCCAGAUGCAGGUCAGUUCCAAGCUUGUCUCUGGUGACAGUUGUCUGUGAUCUGUGCCCUAUACUCCAUAACAACCCAGUCAAUAACUGUGAUUGAAUCCAAGGCUUUAAGAGCAGUAUUUAUCACAGCUUCCUUGGACUUCACCUGGGAACCGUGCGAGAUGGGCAGAAGGAAGCUUGAUUUAAUAUCCUGCUCAUCAGUUGGACGAGUUCUGUGCAAGCAAGACGGCAUUGCUAAUGGGUGAGCAGGGAUUACUAUGUGAGACGUGAUACAACAGACGUCUGUCCAGGAAGUCACGGUGCUGCUCACUGAGCAAUGUAUUAUUGUUGGAGCAAAGUCAUUUCUUGGCUACCAGCUUCAGUUACUGUGGUCAUAGUAAGGAGAAGAUUCAGGCAAAGGAAGACAUAAAAAAAUGAGCACACUAAGGAAAAGGGGCAGCAGCAACAGGUGAUGAGGGAAAAUGGUAAAUGGUUUAACUGUGACCAAGACUUUCUUUUUCUGUUACAUGGUGGCUUUAAAGAAUAGCAACCUGUUGCUUUAGCUGAUGUUACAGUUUUUCUUCCUGCAUCUCCAUCAGUGAGGUUUUGUCUCUCAGAGAAGGUGUGCUGUGUCCACAGCUCACAUAUACUACCUGCUGCAUUUUCACAACGCCCAACUAAGUCAGUCAUUCAGGAUACGAGCAGUGCUCCAACCUCCAAAGCAUGGUAUGUGUCUACACAGCUCGCAGCUAUGCUGGGUCCGUUAUCUGAUCCAGUGAAUGGAGCUCUGACGUGAGUCACAGUCUGAACUGGCACUCUGUCUCAUUCACUGGAUUUACAAAAGUACCGUUUGCAGAGGAAGAAAAAGCUUUAAUUUACAACACUGUAUUACUCAAAGGAAAGACUACAUGACAAACAUGACAUUAAGCCAUUAGUAAGUUUGCUACUUCUCUAUGAAAGCUAAAGUUUCUCUGACGUAGACUAGAUGGGUUACUGCCUCAGAGAAGUUCUUGGAAAGUCCUUACUUCAUGUUUAAAUUGGUGAUCUGAAGUCAUAACUACUUCUCUGAAGAAGCAGAAGUAGGAGGAAGAGAGGAGAACUGGUAGCCGUGUGUAGCUUUCUGGCACUGGUGGCUAGUGUGUACCACUUACCCCGGCAGCCUCUCAGGAUGAUCCUUCCUUUACUAGACAGUUCUCCAUCAGGGCUGGAAGGGAGCAGAAGUGAUAGAUGGAUGAUUGAUCAAGAGGUCUUCAAAAACUUCACUUGAGAGGAAUGAAGAAUGAUGUGUGCAUAGAUUCAGGAAAAACUGUUCUGAUCAUGCAGCCUUGACAUUCAUGUGUUUGUAAGGUUCACCUCGUGGGUUUCCUUCAUUUUCCUGGACAGUGGUGGGACUAGGUUUUAUGCAAAUCUGUAGUUAAUCACUCUCAACAAAAAGUAAUGCCGGUGAGGGGCAGCAGUGGGUGAAAUAUUAAACAAGUAUCUUAUUUCUGGGGGUUUUGUUUGAGUCAUGGAAAAGAUAGGUGACACAAAUAAGGGAAUUGCAUUUCCUUUGUCCCAAGUAACAGGUAGAAGAAAGCUGCUCUCUCACACCGUUCUCCAAAGCUGUUUCCACCACUGGUUCAAGUGUCUGGACCUUUGGAUCCCAUGAGAGACGUGCAGAUCCUAUACCAAAAUAAGCUAGCCGGGCUGGUAUCUUCUGAACUAUAUUUGGUCUCUUUAAGGUCAUUAUGUAAGAGACAUUGCAUUAGACAUUAAGCACAUGAUGUUAAUUGUAAUAUAAAGAGAAUCUGUUGAAGGCAUUUCCAACCAAUGGGCUUUUAAAAUUCAUUACUGACCACUAUUAAGGGAGUAAUGUAUCUAGUACUGUGACUGAUGGAGCUUGUCUGUGCAUAUUAUUUUGUCUGCCACCAUAUGUAUUUCCAUGGCAGGUAAUCGUAGCAAUUAUUUCAGAGAAUAUUCUGUUGGUUACCGCUAAUAAAAAGAAAAGAUCCAUACAAAAUAAGCAGCUUCUUAGCUUGAGACAAUAUUGUUGUGAUAUGUGUGACAGCUGCCAGGUGUUACACUGAAGGAGUUAGACUGCAUAAAAAUAUGAAAACAAAAUGCUUGAACUAAAGUUUAAACUAUUUAAAAAUAACCUGUUGUGCUCCCUUUGUUUCCGCUGCCUGGAAGUAUUGAGUGCCAGAAGUGUAACACUUGACAUUUGAGGCAGACAAACAUAGCCUACAGAUUCUGUGAUGGCUUUGCGACCAGCUAGCAUUUUUUAAUCAUGCCUGUUCUUGUCAACAGCAGGGGUUGUUUCUAAACAAGCCAGCUAAAAUAUGGGAAUUAACUUUAAUUUCUCACUCAUUUUCUGAGGCUACAGAAACCGUAGAAGCAAGAAGCUUGUAUUUUCUCUGCUUCUCUCUCCAAGACCCACAUUUUCUAACAAAUUCCCACUCUUUCAUGCCUGCUGGAUCAAGAAGUGGCAAUGAAGCCAUUGGGUUGUUCACGUGCCUCUAAGGAUGUAGACUUGUUUUUUUCUCAGGCAGCAAAGGUGAUUUAGGAGUGUCUUGCCAAAUGGCCCUGCUUCUUAUUCCUGCCCAGAUGCCACCACUCACAUGGUAUUUGUGCUGAGGCAGCUGUUUGUUGGGCCGUGUUGGAAUCAAAUCAUUCAAAUAGCCCAAGUUAAAAAUACCUUCCCUCACCUCAAAAAACAACAAAAAAUUGAUGUCAUUCCAGUGACAUUCCCAUUCUUAGCACAGCCCUGCAAACAGCUGCAGCAAUGCAAAUGGGCCGUGAACCAUGGAGGCAAAGCGGGAAGAGGUAAAUGGGGAGACAAGGGGCAGGACCUGCUUUCAUUAGCGUUGUUCCUUCAGAAAACUUUCAUAUAGCUGCAUGAAAGGGAUAUUUGUAUUGAACAAUCCCAUCCAUCUGCAUAGUUGUAAGAAAUAAAUAAUUGUUUGUUGUAAGAAACCCCCUAUCCUAGGGCAUACUGACUUCUAAUAAGCUUCAUGCAUUCUUUUCUCACUUAUUUCACUGUAAAUCUAGACCUUUCUCAUUAGUUCAGAUAAAACUGAGACCAUGACUUCACAAGAUGGCAAAUAUAGUUUUGGAGAAUUCAUCAGUAAGUCAGAAAUAACAUACUUGGGUAACACAAAGUGUUCAACUACUACAGAUUGACUAGGUAGAACCAUGUUUGUUCAAAAAAUGUGAGGAGGUCAUUUUUGGUUUGCCAACAAAGGCAUAAUCCAUUUUCCUGUGGCUGGCCUAAAACCAGCAACCAUUUUUGUUUUCUGAUUAAUUAAAAAAAUUGUGAUCAUCUAGUUAUGCUCAGUCCAGAUAAAAUAUGCUGCUGGGUGACCUACAGCCCUGGAGGAAACAAUGAUUUUAGCCCUCAUUUCUCUUACAUCUCACAUCUUGCAAGCUGGUCUGAUAUAACCUCCGAGAGGGCCAUUAUAACAAUAGUUUCUCCAGAUCCUACCUUAUCAGAAGUCAUCAAAAAUAACCAAAAAAAUGCCAAAACAAAAAACAACCUGAAGAAGACUAUGAAGACCCUUCACCUUUCCUCCCCACUCCCUAAAUUUAAGAGGUACUGAUCACGUAAAAAGUGAUAGUGCAGUCAAAGUUCUCAAUUCCUACCAAGCAGUUUUCUGAUAUCCUGAAGUAUUUGGCUGGAAUCUUUCUUGUGUAAUUACUGGAAAGCCAGACCUAGUCUAACCUGAUCACCAAGAGCGUCUCUAGAGUCAGUAGAGAGAAACAGGCACCUCCAGAGGGCAAUCCACCCUAUAGACACUUCUUUUAGGAUGGGAGAAACCACCCUCUGGUGGUGCCUUUCUUUCUUCGCUCCCAUUAGAGGGGAUGAAUACAGUUUGCCUGAGCAGAUGUCUCAUUUCUGGAUGAUUGAAGUUUGGUAACAUGGAUCCCAGUCUUUGGUACUUAAAGGCUAUGAAGAUUAGUGGUGGUGAAGCAGAAGAAAAAAGCAACAGUGUGUAGACUUCUUUGUGUUUCAGAUAUCUAGAAGGCCUAGACUGCCUAUUUUUCUCCAGCAUAUAUAGGAUAACUGCUGGGCCCUAAUUAAUGAAAACAUGACACAGCCAUUCCACUCAUCCCUUUCCUCCCCUCCACGCCCUUUACAAGACCCUUAUACAGAUUUAAGUAGUGCUUUGCUUAAGGAAGCAAAUGCUGAAAGAUGCUGAAUACCUACCUGCAACUUUGAUACAGCUCACCAGGUUAAACUCUGACAUCCUUAUACUGUUUAUCCAUGCAAAUUGUAGCAUGCCAGAUGCUGAGGAGUGCUGAAUAGCUGCUCAGUGGGAGUUGUGGUUGCUCAGCAGCUCCAAAGAAUUGGCAAGUAAACUCCAGCCUGGACUUUGCUUAUGGGAAAAACAAAUCCAACCAUCAGUCAUUUAGGGUGUGCUUCCCUCCCCGCUUCAUGAGCUGGCCUGGUGAAAAUUCCUGGUGCUUAUUGAAAGCAUCAUCUGUUGUCACUCGACACCACUGGGGAAAAUAUAAAUCAAAGUGUAAGUAUUCAGCACUCUCUCAGCAUUGGCCCAAUGUGAUUACUGUAAUCUGAGGUAAACACUUUAGUUAUUCCUUAUUGCUGUUAGGGACCCAAAUCAAGGGUUGGGACUUGUUAUUCUAGGUAAUGUGAAAAAACAAGCCCUACCCAUGAGAUCUCCAAGGCUAAGAUAAAGGUCGGGUAGAAGCUUAACAACGGUUACCUAAUAGCAAUGAACAGACACAAUGAAGGGUUGAAUCUGAACCAUCUGAAAGGCAUGUGCCAAGGGCUCUGCCGUGAUCAGCAGAAAACUUUUCCCUGGCGGCAGAGUGGGGCUGCGGUAACAGGGAGACCAAGGUGAUCCGGAAUGAGAUUGCAAGCUCCUAUAGAGGGGCCGGGUGCCCAAAUCCCAUUGGCGCUGAGGGAACCUACUUCUGCUUUCUACCUUUCUGAAUCACCUCCUGGUUCAAAAAAAGUUGUUUUCUGUAAAAGUCUACAGGUGAAAUCUUUGUCUCAGGCAAUCGCAGCACACUGUGUAACUCUGAGUCGUAUGGGCUGCCAUUGGAAGGGGGGAACGGGCUUAAUAAUGUGGACAGAAUUGCUCCUGGCACCUUUUUAUGGACUCUUGCCUCACAUGAGGACAGCGUCCCUCAGUCACUGUAUGACUUGGAGCACAAAUAUUAAAAAGUCACAGGUGUGAAAACACAAGAGUAAAAGCCGAGGAAUAGGCUCUAUUGUCAGUUCUGCGCUUGCUUCACUCCCGGCUGGGUGUGAUGGCAAAUGAUUGCUCUUGGAAAGGCACAUCGAGGUAUUGCAGACUGGCAGCCUGCUGAGUCCAGCGAGGUGCGGGGAGUAAAUGCUUCAUCCAGCCAAGCCCAGUGGGAAUAUACUGGAGCCCCAACAUUGUUUUGCUGACACAGGAAAAUGUCAUCACAGCAGAAUAUGAAGGAGUUAACACGUUAUGAAAUACAGUUUUGGCAGUGACGCAGACAAAGAUUGUUUUGUUUGAAAAGCAGUACCAGCUGUGUUGGUUAACAGGGUGAUGCAGUCACCUGGCCAGUCUCAGUCAUUACAUUGUGUUAUUUCUUCUAAAAUGUGUAGGUCCAAAUCCUAUGAAACAACCUACUUUAAGCCCAUAGACAGCUCUUUGCUUUGAAGUAAAGCUUACUUUAAUGUAUGUGCCUGGAUAACGGCAGAAGAUUCUGAAGCAGAAAUGCUAAGGGAAGCCUGUCUUGCACAGAAAAAGAAAUGACAAGGUGACAGUGUAGUUUUAGGUAAAAAAGAAUAAAAAUGCAGGGAAUGAUUUUUUUAAACCUCUUGCCAGUCCUGUUCCUUUGCAGAGUGAGGAGAAGUGAGGAGGGCUGUCCCAUGCCUGCUUGCACACACUGCCGAGGGCUUGGUGCACAAAAUUGCACAACCAAUUUCAAAAUGACUUUUAGCUAGUCCAGGCACUCCGGCUGUCCUUCCAAAAAUAAAAGGCAACAUUUUCAACACCACAGAGGACUAAUAAACCACCUACGCUCCUGCAUCUACCGAGACGAAGGGAGCGCAGAAUCCCUUACGACUCAGAAAGUCUAGCCAUUUGUUUACUGCUGAUACCUGACUUUUGUAAUCGGGUUGAGAGGUUUGCGUUCAGCACUUCCCUGGGCUGAGAGGCAGAUCUUCUAUAAUCAGGACUCAAUUAGCUACCUGCCUUUUCAGCUGAAGAUCUGGCCCCGUGGCCCCAGUUCUUUACAACACUUCUGCAUAAGCCUCCGAGACAACCCUUCUCACCAGCAUUGCUGAAAAUGGCCUUUUGUAUUCAAGUAGGCAGCUGUUUCUCCCAGAUUUUUCACCAUGCUUGCGUUCUCAUUAAAGUACCUGAUAAAGUUAGCAAGCAAAAGCUAUAUUCUUCUGCAAGAUCCUUGUCCUUAAAAAUCCUUUCUGAGCCCGGUGUUUUGCAGUGAGUAGCAGCAAGUGCCUUGCUUUGAAAAUACAAAUGUAAGUCAAAUAUUAGUCCACAUUUCAAACAUUAAAGCAGAUUUUCAGAUAGUAUUUCACUGGAAUAAGUAGGGCUAUUCCACUCCAGAGCAACCGAGGAUCUGGGUCUAAAAAUGAGCUAUAAACUCUAAUUAGAUAUAAAUAAAGAAACAGGGAGCUAUUUUUUUCAUACCCCCACACUGUCUUUUCUGUUGGUGUCAUGACACUCAAAAAGGUAGUAACUGGAAUGAAGCCCAGUAGCCAAUUUAUACUUAACAUACCAUUAGUUCUUACUAAUUCCUGUGGUACACUUUAACAUUAAGCACGUACAAAAAUGCUCAGGAAAACCACCCACCCCAUGCUUCAGUUCCUCACAAGCAUCCCUGCUUCAUUGUUUGCUCCUGGAUAUGUCUGUUAGCAUCACUGCUUGGGUAACUUUCCAUUUUAGGACAGUAUUAUAAAUGAUUGAGAUGUGUUAAAACUCAGAGGACGCUGCUCUGUCCCCUCUUUUCCCUCUAUCAAGUGGUAUCUUGACAUCAAAUAGUUCUCCUGAGAUCAUGCUGAAGUUCCCAACAUAAGGAGCACAGAGAAGGCUGGCAGUAUUGGCUUUUUUACUUUUAAGAAUGUACGAUAUGUCUAGGAAUAUAGAGGGGGGAAAAAAUCCUGUAUAUUGCACGUUAAAUUGUGAUUUUAAUGAUGAAGACACAAGCUAUCUAAUCGUCCAUUUUUGUAUAUUUUAUCUUUAAUAGGAUUUCUGAUACUAUCACAAAGCUGGUCUUCAUUCUCUGCCAAAGGGAUCUGAAAACACUGGAACUAGUAAAAAUAUUUCUGUGUAUCAUACUGGCCUGUUAAAUAUUCAGCUAAUUUAAAAAAUAAUAAUAAUUCCUGUGAUUAGCAGCUACAGCAUAUCAUGUCCAGAUUCCUGUUUUUAUUGCAAGCGUAGAUACCUGUGCAAACAAAAGCAGAAUUUGGCCUGGGAUAUAAGCAGAAACUUAUAUUUCUCUAUUAUUUAUUUCUUGUUCUUGGUCUGAGUGAAACUGAAGUGAAAUAAACAUUAUAAGACUUUAAAGAAAAAAAAAAAAAAAGGAAAAAAAAAACACAUCCAAGGCAUAUUUCAUGACAGCAGAACAAGUAUCAUUUUGAGUGGCAAUGCACUGACAAUAACUUUUGGCUUUGGUCCACAUCAAUCUGGAGGCCCAGCUACACAAGCCAAGCUGGCUCGGGAUCACUUCUAAACAGGCAGUUAUCACCUUUGGUGCAAUAAUAUUCCCAAGGUCCAAAUCAGGGCUAAGCCCUUUGCACAGGUGCGACACGCUCACCCGGAGUAAUCCUUCCUCUGCUGUUGCCCGUGGCAAAAGUCCCUCCAAUUUCUCUGGCGUUAGAAGUCUGGAUGACCUCCCCAAAUUUUCACCCCCCCUGCCUUUUCCCCUCUUUCCCACUUCAUUCUGCUUUUCUGCAUGUGGUGAAAUCUUAAGGAUUUUAAUGCGAUUCACCUUUUCCUCUUCCAUUUGUCAACCUUCCCUUCCUUUACAGACUGGUUCUGAACCAUCAUCCCCUCAAGGACGAGUGGAGGAAGCUCCCGUGAGCAAUGAGAGGGGUGACGAGCCGGCUCGUCAUGUCUUCUCCUUCUCCUGGUUGAACUCACUGAAUGAAUGAUGACUCACUCCGGCUGGCUUCUGGUGUGCUUCUCCUCAGAGGGACCGCGAGCGCAGGCAGCCUGGGUCUAAUCAACAAAGAAACUGGCCUGGAAAGGGAUAUCCGAGCAGGUUUCAUUCCCAGGAACUUAGUUGACCUCCACGUCGUACCCGGCCCUUGAGAUGACAGUCCUGAGAGGGAUGGAAGCAUGGGGACGAAUUGCUAUACUGUAUUGUAGUCAGAGUGUUUUCCAAUAAUUUCUUGUUUCCAUGGGGGAAAUAGCACCACUUACAGCUGUAGGCUGAGCACCGCUAGUGUUUUGUUACUCACUUUUUGGCACGUUCCUGUGUAGGUGUAAAUGCUUCACCAAUGCUCUUAGCUCAAACGCUGAUAUGAUAUUCACUAGUAGCUUCCUUUGCCAACACAGUGUUUCUCCUCAGUACCUUCCUGCGUCCCCCCUCAUCGAUGCUGGUGACUUCAGUGGCGCUAUCACAGCCCUGGCAGCCCCAAGUCAGGGUUACGUCUAAGCAGCUCCCCACAGUCACUCGUAGUCCCCACGGUACCGGUGCCUCCCCGGCUGCCGAGGCUGGGCAUGGGAGAGGAGAGGGAAGCUGCCACUUCUUGCCCUGCACUUGCUCUCCCUGCUAAGCCACAGCGCUCACAUAAACAGGUUAUUUGUAGGGAAGGUGCCCAGCGACAGGGACGAGGAAGAUGCACAUGCCCAAAGCACUGUCCACCCCCUGCGCGUGGAUGUGGGACACAACUCUGAGCCUGUGGGGCAGGCACUAGAGUGCUGCCCAUGUCUGUCCAGCUGUUAGCUGUGUCUACAUCUUCUCAGUCAUCUGUGCGUGUAGGACAAGGGGCAUGUUCUUGCAUGAAACCAGGAUGCGGUGAGGUGGUCACAGGUAUUCAUUCAAGGUUUCAUUUGAAAGCCCCAUGGCGUUCUGUAGAAAAGGCGAAUGCCAAAUGUCCUGUUCCGCAUGCAUGGCAGAUGUUGAGCCGUCUAAUGAAAUCAAAUUUGUGUCUUAAAAGAAGCUCUACAGGUUGUACUGAA